AGAUGCUCAUUGAAUGUUCUGUGAAAGUGACAAGGAAGAAGUAACAGAAAAUAAAGAUUAUGGAGGGAACUCCGGCGCAUUACCAAUUGAAAUGGAAUUCGUUUGGAAACCAUCUGCACGGCUGCGUCGCGUCAGCCGUGAACGGCGAUUGUUUUACCGAUGUCAUCCUGCUGACGAUAGACGGUCGUCAGCUAUUCGCGCAUCGGUUCAUCCUCUCCGCGUGCAGCCAAUACUUUAAUCAAGUGCUUAAGAUGCAGGCAAGGAUAUCAUCGUUGGCUCCGCUGAUCAUCAUUCUUCCGCCGGACAUAAAUUACAGAACCAUGAAGGUUUUGAUACAGUACAUGUAUUGUGGAGAGGCGACAGUCUCCACUGAAAUAUUGAAUAACGUUCUGACCGGUGGAGAUCUGCUGAAGAUAAAAGGUCUUUAUCGUCCCCGAACCGAAGAAUAUGAUGUGAAGAAAACGUUGACUAGUUGUCAUUUGAGCAGCAACAGCAACACUUCGACGCCCGUAUCGAUCCAAAUCCCAGAUCUGUCCAAGGAGAACAAAGAGAAUAUCGUGGAGAAUUUCGAGUUUCCCAGGGAAAUACCGAUGUUUGACAAAGAGGAGAAGGAUGAGAUGGAGGAGAAGGAAGACAAAAUGGAAAUGGAAGAUAAAGAUGAAGUUGAAGAUAAAGAAGAGAAGAUAGAGAAAGAGGAUAAAGUGGAGAAGGAAGAUAAAGUAGAAAAUAAUGGUAAUGAGCAGAAGGAAGUGAAUGCAGAGAAGGAAUUGGUAGUGGAGAAAGAGGAUAGAACUGUGAAGAUGGAUGAAAUUAGGAUUGCGGAUUUCGCAUUGAUGGAUGAUAAAGUUGAUGAUCAAAAGAAUGGUGAAGGUGAGAAGGUCAACAAGGAUAUUAAAGAUGCGACGAAGGAUUUAAUGCAGAUUCUAGUGAUCAAAGAGGAGCCGGUCGAAUGGACGGAACUGCCACAAGAGGAAAUGGAAAUACUGAAGGAUGACAUCUUUAAGUCUGGUAUGCUGAUCAAGCCUGAGAUACAGAUCGAGGAUGUUCCCGUAGAAACGGAGAACCUGUACUCUCCAUUAACCUGCGAACUUUGUUCCGAGGUCUUCACGAUACCUGCUGAUUGGGUGAAGCACGUGCAGACGCACACCGAUAUGAUGCCAGCGAAGCGACAAAAACGCGGACGUCCUGAAGAAGACACCGGCAACUUUCCACCUUUACAAUGCGACAUGUGUCAGCUGUACUUCCCGACUCCUGCCAGAUGGGUGCACCACAUCCAAUCGGAGCACACCGAGCAGGAGAUGAGGGAAUCGAACUGCAGCAGCAACGCAUCGUUGGAUCACUCGAUUCGACCCCUCCGCUCUUCCAGCGUCGCCAAAUGCUCCGGCCCCUAUUCCCAGAAGGUCUGUCCGAUCUGCGACAAGAAGUUCCCAUCCCAUGCUUCCAUGAUGAUCCACAGGAGGACGCACACCGGCGAAAGGCCGUACAACUGCAAUUACUGCAGCAAAGGAUUCAACGUUAAAAGCAAUUUGCUCAGGCAUCUGAGAACUUUACACGACAAGUACGUGAAUCCCACGGACGUCGACUCCAGGGAAGACAGUUCCGGGGACAUGUAAAAAUGCACUCUUCUGCGUGCAUCGAAAUCUUUAUCACCUCGAUGGAACAGGGGCGACAAUCUACAAAUAUUUAUAUAUAUAGAAACCGUCAUGUUUACGCAAACUGAUACCAUUUCAAAUGUUUAAUACCAAUUUAAUAAUAAUAAUAAUAUUCUAUUUUUAUGCUUGUUGUUGGAGAAAACCUAUUUUCUAUAUUAACAUAGUUAUUAAUAAUCUAACAAUUUUGG